GGCUCGAGGUGGUGUCGCAGCUCGGGCACGCUGCAGGCGCGUUCCUAGCAGGCUGGCAGCCGAGCGGGCGGAGGCCCCGGGUGGCGGGGACCUGGCACUCCGGAGAGCAGGCGUCCCAGAUGGCUCAGCGACUUCUCCUGAGGAGGUUUCUGGCCUCUGUCAUCUCCAGGAAGCCCCCUCAGGGUCGGUGGCCACCCCUCACCUCUGGGGCCCUGCAGACCCCACAGUGCAGUCCUGGCAGCCUGACAGUAACUCCCAGCCCAGCCCGGACAAUAUGUACCACCAGAGUCCUUUCAACAACCUUUAACAUCCAAGAUGGACCUGACUUUCAAGACCGAGUCGUCAACAGUGAGACCCCAGUGGUUGUGGAUUUCCAUGCACAGUGGUGUGGCCCCUGCAAGAUCCUGGGGCCACGGUUAGAGAAGAUGGUGGCCAAGCAGCAUGGGAAGGUGGUGAUGGCCAAGGUGGACAUUGAUGACCACACAGACCUCGCCAUUGAAUAUGAGGUGUCAGCAGUGCCCACUGUGCUGGCCAUCAAGAACGGGGACGUGGUGGACAAGUUUGUGGGCAUCAAGGAUGAGGACCAGCUGGAGGCCUUCCUGAAGAAGCUGAUUGGCUGACAAGCAGGGAAGAGUCCUGAUUGCCUGGGACUCCUGUGGUCCCCGGGAAGGACCCCCCAUAGAACUCACAGCCCUUAUGUGCUGGCCCUUCCUGCCACCUCCCUCUGUCUGGCCCCUGAGGGCCUGUGCUUUAGAAACCAGCCUCCAAACGGAGCCACACAUGCUCCUGAGCCGGUGACCGCCGGGGCGGCCGUCAGAGGAGUGGUGCUGCUGACCUGGGGACAGCGCCUUCCCACCCGCCCUGUCUUGUCUGCUCCCUCUAGGGCUUGUCGCAGUCCCCUGGUGCUUGGGGAGAGCCCGGGCCGGCAGCAGCGUUCCUGGUCACAGCAACACCUCGGGCCUCACCUCCUUGGUCCCUCCUGAUGUGAACCUCUGCCUCCUGCAUCUUUCUGUCCUGCUGCAGUUUUGUAAAAAGAAAAACAAAGAAAGAAGAAACCCAAACAAGUGAGAGUAAUACAUGAUUCUCUCAUUUUUUGUAGGUCUGUAAUAAAGAACUUUAUGUGA